AUGGUAACGACUCGACGCAGCGCAGGCUCGUCCGACAAACGGACCGCCGUGCCGACGCAGGCGCGACAACCACACCGCUCGGCGCCGCCGCGCAACCCGCCUGCGCUCCCGACACCGACUGAGCGCCUCGUCGUCGCCGUGUUCCCCCUCGUGCUCGCCUUUGGGACCCUGUUCUCGGUGCUCUCCCCCGAGACCCGCUCCGCGCACUACGAUGCCGUCGCGCAGGCGCACUCGCAGGACCCCUCGGCGGCGCCGAGCUACUUUGCCCGCAAGUCCAACCUCUUCAACGUCGUGUUUGUCAAGCGCGGCUGGGGAUGGACCACGUUCGCCUUCUACUUCUUCCUGCUGACGCACCCGAGCGGCGGCGCGGCCGGGCUGGACAUGACGCCCCGACGACUGAGGGCGGUGCUGCGCUGGGCCGCCGUCACGGCGUGGUGGUUCCUCGUCACGCAGUGGUGCUUUGGUCCGCCCGUCAUCGACCGCAGCUUCCUGUGGACGGGCGGGAAGUGCGACGCGGCCGAGCAGGGCGUCGCGCAGGGCAGCGCUGAUGUCCGCGAGGCCCUGACCGCCGCGGCGUGCAAGGCCGCCGGUGGGAAGUGGAACGGCGGCCACGACAUCUCGGGCCACGUGUUCCUGCUGGUCCUGGGGACGUGUUUCCUCUCACAGGAGAUUGGGUGGUCUGUCGGCAGAUGGAGCAGCAGGGCGGCCGAGGAGCGGUGCGUCGUGUUGCGUGACGGGGCGGUCAAGGGCGCCGGCGUCGAGGCGGACACGGCCGCCGGGUGCGGGGAGGGAGGCUACUCGCUUGGGAUCGGGACGAGGACGGCGCUCGGCGUCGCGGGCUUGAACUUGUGGAUGCUGCUGAUGACGGCAAUCUACUUCCACACGUGGUUUGAAAAGCUCACCGGACUACUGACGGCUCUUGCUGGCGUGUAUCUCGUGUACGUUGUUCCUCGGUUCGUGCCGGCCGUGAGGUCCGUCGUUGGACUGCCUGGGGUAUGA